AGUUCCCCUCUGCCCUGUGCGCUUCCCCGCCUACCCCCGAGCGGCUCAGGUGGCCUGUGGUACUCACCUGCGCUGGCCGGGGGACCGCGGGGCGCUCGCCCCGGAGAGCCCAGGAGCGGGCGGGACAUGGACUCCCUGGUCUUCGAGGAAGUGGCUGUGAACUUCACCCCAGAAGAGUGGGCAUUGCUGGAUCAUGCUCAGAGGAGCCUGUACAGAGAUGUGAUGCUGGAGACCUGCAGGAACCUGGCCUCCUUAGAUUGUUGCAUUUAUGUUAGAACCAGUGGAUCAAGUUCUCAGAGGGACGUUUUGGGGAAUGGAAUAUCCAAUGAUGAAGAAAUUGUAAAGUUCACAAGUGAUUACUGGUCUAUUUUUGGAGAAAACUGGAGAUUUGGUAACACUGGAGAUCAGCACCAAAUCCCAGAGAGGCAUUUGAGAAGUCAACUGGGGAGCCUCUGUGAAAGUAAUGAAGGUCAUCAAUGUGGAGAGACCUGGAGCCAGACUGCGAACCUUCCUGUGCACAAGAGUUGCCCUACCAAAGCUCAACCCCAUGAGUGCACUAAGUGUGGCAAAGCCUUCGAGAAUCAACAGAGAUCUCACACCAGACAGAGACUGUGUAAGGAAUGUGGGCAAGCCUGUAGCUGCCUCUCCUGCCAAAGCCCUCCUAUGAAAAUGCAGACUAUAGAGAAACCCUGUGAUGGCCAGGACUCAGGGAGAGCAUCUGUGACAUAUGUGAAAAGUUUCAGCAGUAAAAAGUCUUACGAAUGUAAGAAAUGUGGAAAAGCUUUCACUUGUCCCUCCUCUUUCAGGGGACAUGUGAAUAGUCACCAUGGGCAGAAAACCCAUGCAUGUAAAGUAUGUGGGAAGACCUUUAUGUAUUAUUCCUACCUUACACGGCAUGUAAGAACUCACACAGGGGAGAAACCCUAUGAGUGUAAGGAGUGUGGGAAAGCCUUCAGCUGUCCCUCAUACUUUCGAGAACAUGUCAGAACACACACCGGAGAGAAACCGUAUGAAUGUAAGCAUUGUGGAAAAUCAUUCAGCUGUUACUCCUCCUUUAGAGAUCAUGUGAGGACGCACACUGGAGAGAAACCCUGUCAGUGUAAACAUUGCGGAAAAGCGUUCACUUGUUACUCAUCUCUUCGAGAACACGGGAGAACGCACAGUGGAGACAAACCCUAUGAAUGUAAGGAAUGCGGCAAAGCCUUCAGGUACCCCUCCUCUCUGCGAGCACACGUGAGAAUGCACACCGGAGAGAAGCCCUAUGUGUGCAAGCAGUGUGGGAAGGCCUUCGGAUGUCCCACUUACUUUAGAAGACAUGUGAAAACACACAGCGGGGUGAAGCCCUAUGAAUGUAAGGAGUGUGGGAAAGCCUACAGUUUUUCCUCCUCCCUUCGAAUCCACGUGAGGACGCAUACUGGAGAGAAGCCCUUUGAGUGUAAGCACUGUGGGAAAGCCUUCAGCUGUCACUCCUCCCUUCGAGAGCAUGUGCGAACCCACAGCGGGGAGAAACCGUACGAAUGUAAUCAAUGUGGGAAAGCCUUCAGCCACGCUCAGUACUUUCAAAAGCACGUGAGAUCACACAGUGGAGUGAAACCCUACGAAUGUCCUGAAUGUGGGAAAGCCUACGGUUGUUCCUCGUCCCUUCGUGUGCACGUGAGAACACACACUGGAGAGAGACCAUAUGAAUGCAAGCAGUGUGGGAAAACCUUCAGGUAUCUCGCAUCGCUGCAAGCACACGUGAGAACACACGCUGGAACGUGAAUCCACGAAUACAGUGGACCUGGGGGAGUGUUCAACCCUAAAACCUUGUUGUAAAUGCAAGAAAACACUGGCAAGAAACUUUAUUUAUGUAGAGCAUGUAGGAAAACCUUCUGGGAUAGUGUUUAUUUUGUACCUGAAAACUCCGAGUAGGAGAGAAAUCUCUUAAUUAUGAUUAAUAUGGUAUUGCCUUUACAUGCCUCAGCCUUAGUAGUGAUUCCUUGUGUAUAAAUUUCUAGUUUAUGUCUAGUUAUGACUAGUGAUGUAAACUUAAUAAAUAUUCUGUUUUGUACGCUUUCA